AUGCAGACAAAGCCUGGAGGAGGAACAAAGAGGGACGGAGGGAACGGGGCCCAGACAAAGGGAAACAGCAGGAGGGGCCUGGGAGUGAAGGCUCUGACCAUCCUCAUCCUCUUCAUCCUCAUCCUCUUCAUCCUCUUCAACUUCACCCCCAUCCUUAGCAUCUUCAUCCCCAUCUUCAUCUUCACCCCAUCCCCAUCAUCAUCUUCGUCCCCAUCAUCUCCACCCUCAUCUUCAUCCUCAUUGUCUUCAUCCCCACCCUCAUCAUCUUCACCCUCUCCCCAUCCUCAUCAUCUUCAUCCCAUCCCCGUCAUCUUCAUCCCCAUCCUCUUCAUCCCCAUCAUCUUCAUCCUCAUUAUGUUCUUCCUCAUCUUCAUCCCCAUCCUCAGCCCCCUCCUCAUCCCUGUCAUCUUCACCAUCCUCUUCCUCACCCUCAUCCCCAUCAUCUUCAUCCCAUCCCCGUCAUCUUCAUCCCCAUCCUUCUCAUCCCUAUCUGCAUCUUCGUCCCCCUCAUCUUCACCCCCCUCAUUAGCAUCCUUACCCCCAUCCUCAUCAUCUUCAUCCCCAUCCUUCUCAUCCCUAUCUGCAUCUUCGUCCCCCUCAUCUUCACCCUCUUCCUCAUCCUCUUCAUCCUCAUCUUCAUCCCCCUCAUUAGCAUCCUUAGCCCCAUCCUCAUCCCUGUCAUCUUCACCAUCCUCUUCCUCACCCUCAUCCCCAUCAUCAUCACCCUCACCCCCAUCUUCAUCAUCUUCAUCCCCAUCCUCUUCAUUCCCAUCUUAA